UGCCGAAGUUUCCGUUGGUGCCGGUGACUGAAGUGCCCUGGCUGGGCCGCCUCUCACCGGGCACUUCAGUCACCGGCGGGCGCUGGCGCUCGGUGUCCGGCCCCCUUGCCGUCCCAACCCACCGGGCCUUUGAGACCCCGUUGGGAAAUCCCGCCCUCAGGUUCCUCAUGAAAGUUGUGCGUUCUGACAGUAAAAUGCACAGAAACGUCGGUUUGUUGAAGUCCGUGCGCAGCAGCAGAAGGGUGCAAACAAGAAAUAAACUGCGCUCUUUAACGCCUUAUUGACUCAACUAUGGUUUCUUUGCCUUUUUCCUGGUGGCGGGGCAGAGCCAUGGAGGCCAGCCUGCUGCGGGAGCGGGAGCUGUUCAAGAAGCGGGCCCUGUCCACGCCGGCUGUGGAGAAGCGCCCGGCGCCCUCGGCCGACUCUGCUUCUGCCAAAAAGAAGAAGGCCAAGGUAGAACAAGGCGGCUCCUCCGGCUCCAAACAAAACACAGAUCACAGCAAUGGGUCAUUUAACUUGAAAGCCCUUUCAGGAGGCUCUGGCUACAAGUUUGGAGUCCUUGCUAAAAUAGUGAAUUAUAUGAAGACUCGGCACCAGCGUGGGGACACACACCCCUUAACCCUGGAGGAGAUUUUGGAUGAAACGCAGCAUUUAGAUAUCGGACUCAAACAGAAACAAUGGUUAAUGAGCGAGGCUCUGGUCAACAAUCCGAAAAUAGAAGUUGUGGAUGGCAAGUAUGCUUUCAAACCCAAGUACAACUUGAAAGAUAAGAAGGCUCUGCUCAGGCUGCUGGACAAGCACGACCAGCGCGGGCUGGGAGGAAUCCUGUUAGAAGACAUCGAGGAGGGGCUGCCCAACGCACAGAAAGCCAUCAAGGGGACCAGAUCAUCUUUGUUAAUCGCCCUGAUAAGAAGAAAAUUCUUUUCUACAAUGACAAGAGCUGUCAGUUUACUGUGGAUGAAGAGUUUCAGAAGCUGUGGAGGAGCAUCCCUGUGGAUUCCAUGGAUGAGGAGAAAAUUGAAGAGUAUCUGAAACGGCAGGGUAUUUCUUCCAUGCAAGACGCUGGACCAAAGAAAAUAGCUCCCAUUCAGAGGAGGAAGAAACCAGCCUCUCAGAAGAAACGUCGGUUUAAGACUCACAACGACCAUUUGGCCGGAGUAUUAAAAGAUUACUCCGACGUUGUUCCUGGCAAGCAGUGACCGGUUGGAUUCUGUAGCAAACAUGCAUUUUUAUACCGGCUUUUUGCCGCUCGGGCUCAGCGUCCGCUCGCAGAAAGACUGACUGUGUAUAGUAAUGUGAUGUGUUCCCCCAUCCCAGCAACCGCCCAGGUGAAACAGGUCGGUUUAAGAGCAAGUAUGAACUACUAAAUAUAGAGCUUAAUUUAAUUAGCUGAUGGGAAAUGUGUCUCUAAGUAAGAGGUUCUCACCAGUUGCCUGCUGGCAUAGAGUGAUAAAUGGUGCUCAGCAUGUAGCGCAGGGGUUCCUGCUCAGUGCUUCACUCUGCUUUUACCUUGCUUCAUGGGUAUGUACCUGGAAUUCCUUCCAAGGGGCUCUCUAGUAGAAUUGAAUACAGUGUUUGUUUUACCUGUUCCAGGAAAACGUUUUCCUAAAAUCACCGCAGGGAAGUCUCUUUCGCAGUCGAACACAGGCCGGGUUGUACGCUCCUUCCUUGCCAGGGACUGAGCUUUGCUGAACCGGGGGUGGUAUCUGAGGCUCAAACUCAGAGAAGAUCCCUCUCCCGAGCUCCGGGCCGGCUGCGGGUGGACACGCAGCUGGAGCUUCCCCCUGCGCGUCGCAAAUUGCCCUCGGCGGCUUCUCCUGCCCGUUGUGGACGCACGAGCGUUGCGGUUCCGCUCUGCGGACCGCAGGGGCGGAAAACGAGAGUGUAAUGCUGAAGCCUUUUUUUUUUUAAGUAAUAAACUUACAGCGCUGGUUUCCAGUGUUGCUUCCUUCAAGAA